AUGGAUGAUUCAGCCAUCGUGGCAUUCCUUUUGAGUGAUGAUGAAGAAGAAGAUUUUGAAGAUGUAAUAUGUGAUUUAAGAGAAGGUCUUCAAAUUAACGAUGUUGAAGCUUCAAAAAAAUCGAAGAGAUCCAAGAAGAAGAAGAAGCCGUUUGAUUACUCUUCUGUGGGUGGUGGCUUUCAAGAAUCAUCUCGUCGUGGAAAAAAGUUUAAGAAAGGUCCUAAAUCGAGUGAACUGGAGAUUACAAUUGAAGAAGAAAAGCUUGAAAUUAUUAUAUGUGAAGAAGAACUAUUUGGUAGUACUAAUAGUGGUAAUAACAGGAAAAGAAGUAAUAAUAAGAGGAAUGGUAGAAAGAAUAAGAAAAUUCCAGAAGAAAAUAGUCCAAUUUUGGAAGAACCGCUGAAGUCUGAAAAGAAACCGAAAAAUAGACGUAAUCGUCAUAAAACUGAAGAGAAAAAUGACGAAGAAUUUAGAAUUGAUGAUGCUAAACCUCUCGAAGAAUUCAGUAUCAAUCAAGAUAAAAAUGCUAUUAAAAAGUCAAAAUUAAGACGUGAUGUUUUUAAACCUGAACAAGAGCCUGACAAAAAGCCAAAAUCCAAGAAACUUGACGCACCCAAGUCUCAGCAAAAACAAAAUUCCAAGCCCAAGAAAUCUGAUCCAGUUCCAAAUUCAAAUUCAAAACCAAGAUCGAACUCGAAGCCAAAAUCGAAGCCAGAAUCAAACCCAAAACCAAACCGAAAAUCAGACCCAAAUCACAAGCUUAAGGACGAUAAGAAGAAGAAAAAGAAGAACGAAAAAGACUAA